UUGAGAUCACUUUAAUUUCUGUUUGUAGAUUUUUCUUUACAUUUUUUGAAACUCCUUUACUUUUCCAUCAUGACCUGAGGUGAAAAAUGGACCUAUGACGAAUGCGUGAAUCACCCUCUUUCCUGUGUUGUCCCUUUUAAAGGGAAGUGAAGACUUGCUUGUACAGCACUUUGGUUUUUCUUUUCAUGCAGACGCUACUGUCAGCACAUACACUUGCAGCAUGAAUAACUCAACUGAGCUGUCUUCCUCAGAGGAAAUUGCCAUGGCCCCUGAGGAGUUUGACGGCGGGACAGCAGUGGCUUGUGUGAUCCUGGGCCUGUCCUUCCUGGUAGGAGCUCCGGGGAACCUGCUGGUGAUCUGGACUAUCCUGAGACACGUCAAGCAGCGUUCCCACACUUUGGUGCUCAUCCUGCACCUGGCUGCUGCAGACCUGCUGGUCCUCAUCACCCUGCCUCUGUGGAUCUACUCCCUGGCCUACCACUGGGUGUUUGGAGAAGCUUGCUGCAAAGCCAUGGUGUUCGUGAUCAACGCCUGUAUGUAUAGCAGCGUUUUCCUCAUUACCCUCAUGAGUGUGGAACGCUUUGUGGCUGUGCGCCACCCCUUGUCCUCGGCUGGCUGGAAAAGGAAAAAAGCUUUAAAUAAAGUUCUGCUAGCUCUGUGGACUGCAGCAUUUGUGUUCAGCAUACCGGUCAUCCCAACUCAGGUUGUAGGGACGGAUGCUGGUGAGGAGCACUGUCUGUACAGGCUUUACACUUCUGUGACCCAGGAGCUGGUGUGUGUGCUGCUAGAAACACUGCUGGGCUACAUAUUACCCUUCAUCAUCCUCGUGGUCUGCUAUGGCUGCCUGUGCAGCCGGAUUACUCAGAUGAGCUUCAAGUCUAAACGCAAGUCCACAGUGCUGAUUGCCAGCGUAGUGGUCGUGUUUGCCAUUUGUUGGACGCCUCAUCACAUAGAAAAUGUCCUGUCACUCAUCAUCCUGGCCACUGAAAACUCCCUCCCGGACGCAGCAAAGACUCUGGAGAGCGUCAGGAGCACCAUGACUUUCAUUGCUGGAGCCAUGAUCUUCAUCAGCAGCACUGCUAACCCCAUCCUCUACAUGUUUGCGGCUCGCUCCUUUAGGAGCUCCCUGCGUGACACCGGUAUCCAGAAGCUCUUCCGCCAUAUCUCAAGCACCUCCCCAGGUGAGGGCAAUAAAGAGCUGUCCUUUGUGUCCAAGAGACAGACCAACAGUUCUCAGUGUGUGUCUGAGCCAAAAGACCAACUGGACAUUAAAUAAAAAUGUGUAAAAAUAAUCUGUCCUGGUACUGAACAUGUGUAGAUAUUCAUGUAUACUGUAUGUAUUUUUAAAUAAAUGAAAAGUUGCCUGAAAUGAAACUCCUUUUCUUUGAAAUUACAACACGGAAAAACAAGAAGUCUUCAUCUGUGCAAUACUUGUGCAAUUUUGUAAAUGACCUGGUUUACAUUCAACAGUUUUUUUGUUGUUUCUUUUUUUGAAUGAUGAACAUAUUUUUUAUAAAUAUGUUAUAUAUUAUGUAUUCCAUAUCAUAUUCAUAAAUAGCACAAUAAAUAUGUAAAGUUACAUUCAACAUUUCUCAAUGUAAAGUUUUUCUUUUAUCAUAUUAUCUAGUUGAUGCCAACAAAGGGACAUGGUUUUGAUUCGGUGUACAAGUUUUUUUUAAUUGCCACCAGGUGUGGGAACAUAACACAUUAGAUGUUCAUCUGGUAAUCCUGUUAGCCACUUAUUUUUUUACCGUUUUGCCACAGAGAAAUAUUUUACUCAGAGCUAUGGCUGUGUUUAUUUGAGUUUAAGAACUUUUCAAUCUUGCUGUGUCGUUCUUUGUCAGGAUAUUGCAACAUCUCUGAUACAGUUUUAUUGGGAACUCAUGUCACAACACUGUUGUUCAGUUCACCUAAUGCGUUUUCAUUAUAGAAUCCAUAACAUUUGACUUUUGUAAAAAUGUUUUUUUUUUGUGACAAGUUAGCUAACAAUUGUCUUGACAUCCCACUAC